UCUCUUAUAUAAAUAUUCUUUUAUAUAUCCUUAUAUAUAUAUAUAUAUUAAAAUUUUCUAUAAUAUAUACACAUGAUCAUCAUCAUCAUCUUCUAGCUUGGCUCUAUAUACUAAUUGUUCUUGUUUUUUCUUCUCCUUGAGCUUUCUUUGUCUUCUUCUUCUUCUUCUUCUUCGUUAUAUAUAUAUAAUUACAAGCCAAACAGUGGUACUGUACCACACCUGAAGUAGUCGCAGUUGCAGUAAUAGUAUUAUUAUUAAUAAGUACCAGAGUACCCUACAAUGGAGUCCAUGGAGUCCAGUAGUGUCCCACCCGGAUUCAGGUUCCAUCCCACUGAUGAAGAGCUCGUUGGGUAUUAUCUCAGGAAGAAGGUCGCUUCCCAGAAGAUCGAUCUUGAUGUUAUCAGAGAUAUUGAUCUUUACAGAAUCGAACCAUGGGAUCUACAAGAGAGAUGUCGGAUCGGGUAUGAAGAGCAAAACGAGUGGUACUUCUUUAGCCACAAGGAUAAGAAGUAUCCAACUGGAACAAGAACUAAUAGAGCUACCAUGGCCGGGUUUUGGAAAGCAACAGGAAGAGACAAAGCGGUUUAUGAUAAGGCAAGGCUCAUUGGAAUGAGGAAAACCCUUGUUUUCUAUAAAGGAAGAGCCCCAAAUGGACAGAAAACUGACUGGAUUAUGCAUGAAUACAGACUUGAAUCCGACGAGAAUGGUCCUCCACAGGAAGAAGGGUGGGUGGUGUGCAGAGCAUUCAAGAAACGGUCAACUAGCACUGGUCAAACCAAAACCAUAGAAGGGUGGGAACCAGGUUACUUGUACGACGAACCAAGCGCCGGAGUGAGCUCAGUGGCCGAACAAAUCGAUUAUAUCUCAAGGCACAACAACAAUCCUCAUCGCCACAACUUCUUGUCACCACCACAGAGCUUCAUGUGUAAACAAGAGUUAGAAGCCGAUAGCUUAUUAAGCUUCAAUAAUCUUCUGCAAAACAAUAGCACUAAUAAUAACAAUAAUCCAGCUGAUCAUCUUCUUCUUCAUCAUCAUCAUCAUCAUCAAUUUGUUCAACAACUUCCUCAGCUUGAGAGCCCCUCUCUCCCCCUGAAGAGGCCCAGUUCGGUUUCUGCUUUGGUAUCAGAAGUAGUCAACGAAGAAGAAGACCAAAGUAUUAGUCAUAUUGCCAAGAAAGCAGUGACUACGACUGAUUGGAGAGCACUGGACAAGUUUGUGGCUUCGCAGUUGAGUCAAGAUGAUCAAGAACACGGCGAUCAUCGUAACAGUAAUCAGUCGUCGUCGUCAAUCUUUGGAGGUAGUCAUGUUCAAGACCCAGAAACGACGGCGUUUAUGUUGUUGGCGCAGAGUAGCGUAGAUGAAGGGAACAGGUUGAACGCGUUCUUGAACUCGAGCUCGGCUGACUGUGACUUUGGGAUAUGCGUAUUUGAGAAAUGAAGGAAUUUGUUAAGAUCAAAGUGAUGACUACUGAUGAUGAGAUAUAUUGGAUAAGGGAUAUCGAGCUCGAUCGAUCGAGAGAAGAUGAGGGGCUUUAGUAUUGCUACGUAUACGUAUAUAUACGUAUAUAUACGUAUACUGUAGUUUGUUAUGAGGAGUUGAUAUUUAUGGAUAUAUAUAUAUCAACAUAUAUUUUUCGUAAAAAUAUGGUUAUAUUGUGAAUGAGUGAAAGAACUCAGCUCUCUCUAAACUAUGCAUUAAUUCUCUCUUAGUCUUCUCUAUCUCAGCUGGUGAUGAGAUUAUUAUAUAUGUAUGAGUACUGUAUUUGUGGCAAUAUUACAAAAUUGGCACAUGAACAAAAAAGAGAAAAGAAAAGAAGACGCUACUUUAUUUAUCGCUAUAUAUUAAUAAUAUAUAUAUAUGAGAUUAUUUGUAUU